AAAAUUAAUAAUAAAAAAAUUAGAAAUUGUCUGCAAGUAGUCCAUAUACUAAACAAAAACAUAAAUACAAACAAAUCCCAGAGAUCGCAACCGAAGUUGUGGUGUAGAUCCAAUCUUUUCCAUGCUCCACUUUCAGACUUUCAGUGCAAUCAAACAACAACAAGAAACCCCACCAAUUCAUAAAACGUAUUGAGUGUCCCCUUCUGUCCAUCUCCGUUCAACUGACCAGAAAAAAAAAAAUCCCAUUUCUACCAACACUUUGACGAAUAAGCCUUAUAGCCUGUAUCAAUUUUCAUGCGGUACUAUAUAUCUACGUAAUUUUUGGGUUUAAUAUUUUUUUUCCUUUGCAGUUUUGUUUAAUCUUUGAGGGGGAAAAAGAGUGAUUGAAUUAAUGCUAGCUGUGUCACCUUUGGGGAACACAAGUAAAGAUGAGAAUAAAGGAGAGAAGCAGAAUUCCACUAUUAGCGCGGAAGAGUUCCCUGAUUUCGCUGAUGGGAAUUUACUUGAGAGUACUGAUUUUGACGAUCUUUUUGUUGGCAUUGACGUCGAAGGUGAUGUGUUGCCGGAUUUGGAGAUAGACCCUGAAAUUCUCACGGAAUUACCCGCUAGUGGAUGCGAAGAACUGGAGAUAAACACAUCAGUAGAAAAAACUGUUGAGGAUGAUAAUCAAAGGAAAAAGGAAGAAGAUAAGGUUUCUAAUUCAGGUUCUGGGUUAGUUUCGAGCUCAAGCAAAGGAAAGGAGAUUGUUAGCAAAAGAGAGGAACCUAAAGCAGUUAAAACACCUUCCAAAGAUGCUGAUAAGGGAAGAAAACCAUCAGCACAACCAAAGGAUAACAAUCAAGGAAAGCGAAAAGUGAAGGUGGAUUGGACGCCAGAGUUGCACAGGAGAUUCGUGCAAGCAGUGGAGCUGCUUGGGCUGGAUAAGGCGGUGCCUUCAAGAAUUUUAGAGCAUAUGGGAAUCGAUUGUCUCACUCGCCAUAACAUUGCCAGCCAUCUGCAAAAAUAUAGAUCUCAUCGAAAGCAUUUGCUAGCUCGUGAGGCGGCCGCGGAGGGGGCAAGCUGGACCCAUAGGAGACAAGUGUACGGUGCUGCUAUCCCGGUUGGUGGAGGCAAGAGAGAUAUGAAUCCUUGGCUUGCACCCACUAUGGGUUUUCCGCCUAUGUCACCCUCACCCAUGCACCACCAUCACCACCUCUUUAGGCCUUUGCAUGUAUGGGGUCAUCCCACCGUGGAUCAAUCCCUAAUGCACUUAUGGCCUAAACAUCUAGCCCGCACACAAUUCCCUCCGCCGCAGCCACGGCCUAUGUGGGGCCCUUCAUCUGCAGACCCCUCGUAUUGGCACCAUCACCACCAACGUGUGCCAAAUGGACUAACCCCAGGAACACCUUGCUUUCCACAAGCAAUGGCACCAACGAGAUUUGCUGCACCACUGAUUCCGGGUUUUCCUCCCUACCAUGCCAUGUUCAAAGCAGACCCCGACAUAGGCGUCGAGGCCGAACAAUCAGGUCCUCACCCUCCCAUUGACUUCCAUCUGUCGAAAGAAAGCAUAGAUGCAGCUAUAGGAGACGUUUUAUCAAAACCAUGGCUGCCACUUCCUCUUGGACUGAAGCCGCCAUCUACCGGUAGUGUUCUGAGAGAGUUGCAACGUCAAGGAGUCCCCAAGGUACCACCUUCUUGUGCUUGAUUCCAUACAUAUAUAGAACAGCCCGGCCGUCUUUACUUUGCUCAUUUUCAAGACAACUGUGGAAAAACCCUUAAUUCGUCGACAGUACUCAA